AUGAAUGAACUAAAAUGUACCAUCCCCAAGGGUUCCUGGGUGCUUAUAACAGGUGCCAACGGCUUUCUAGCCUCACAUACGGCCAAACAAUUCCUAGAACGUGGAUUCAAAGUCCGUGGAACAGUGAGAAAUCUGGAGAAAUCAUCAUGGCUUAUCGAGGACACCUUCAAAGCCUACGCAGAACGCGGCGACUUCCAACUGGUGCAAGUCCCCGAUAUUGCAAUUGAGCAUGCCUUCGAUGAUGCUGUGAAGGAUGUAUCUGCAAUCGCCCAUAUAGCCUCAGUUGGUGGCUUCGAUCCUAACCCCCACAAUGUUAUACCCCAAGUCGUCUCGGCGGUCACGUCACUCCUAGAAGCCGCUCUCAAGGAGCCGUCGGUCAGAGAGUUUGUUUACACCUCCUCUAUAGCAGCUUGUGCUAUGCCCACUCCUGAGGAUACCACUCAUAUUGGUCCAGAUACAUGGAACGAUAUGGCAGUGCAACUUGCUUGGGCACCUCCACCAUACGACCCUAGCCGUGGUUUUUUGGUGUACAUGGCGAGCAAGGCUGAGGCUGAAAAGGCGCUGUGGAAGUUCGUCAAUGAGAGAAAGCCUCGUUUCGGGGUGAAUAGCGUAUUUCCAUCCAGCAUAAUAGGUGGAUAUCUGAACAAGGGGCAAGCUGAGACUCCAUACGCGUUUAUCAAGACUAUAUAUGAUGGGAAGAAGGACGCAUUAGCGGCGGUUCCAGCAACUUUUACAGUAAUAUCUAACGACGUCAAAGAUUGCGCACUGUUGCAUGUUGCAGCAGUGCUAGAUCCUGAGGUCAAAAAUGAAAGACUUCCUGGAUGGGGAGAGUACUGUAACUGGAAUGACAUCCUGGCUAUCAUGCGGAGACUCUAUCCGGACCGAAAGUUCAUUGAUGACCUCCCAGGUCUCACUAAACUCCAAGUGACAACAGAUUCCACUCAAUCACUCGCAUUGUUGAAAAAGUGGGGUGGUCAGAAGGGAUGGAAACCCUUAGAAGUGACUGUUGCCGAUAGCAUGAGAAGCAUUAUUAAGUGGUACCCUUGA